AUGACCAAGCCAGAGCACCGCCAUAUGUACCGUCCCAAGAUCUCGACCUUGGAGAACAACCCCAUCUCUCCUCUCCUCCCAUACGGCUCUUUAAUCCUCGCAUGCUGUGUCAUAUGCAUAGCCCUCAUCACCAACUGCCUAGAACGAUGGCUCCUCCCACGCAUCUACAAAAGAUUCUACCCGGAUCUCGAAAAAGAUGAGAGACGGCGCCGCUCCUUUACCUAUUUCCACGUCGGCGCCUUUAUCCUCAUCUCUCUCGUGAUAUCGACUGGGUAUCCCAUAAUGGACUUUCUGGUAGGCGACGCCGUAUUUAGCGCGCCUGUGGUAAACGGCGGCAAAGUCACGGUUGGCGACCAUCUGCUGGUCGCGACAGAAGUUUACUGCGCCUAUUACAUCUUCGAGAUGUGCUUUCGUACAAAAUUUGCGAGCUACAUCAGUAUUGCGCAUCAUAUUGGGUUGCUCAUUAUUGCGCAGACUGCGUUGAGUCUUUUCGCCGACCCAAGAAAGAAUCACGAAGCGACAGUAGAGUUUUACAUGUGCAUGGUCUGGGGCACUUUCGACGUUGUAGUAGAAAUCCCCAUCUUCCUUACCAUGAUUAUAUGGCGAAUAAAGCGAGACAAUGCUUUGCUAUUGUCUCGCCUUGCAUUUGGAUGCUGUGUCUGGGCGGUUGUUGCUGCCAUCACAGAGACCAUCGUCACUAUACAUCUCCUCCAAAGCUCUUGGAAUCAAUGGGGUCUCGAGUGGAAGAUUAUUACCCCAGUUGUCUUUUCCCUUUGGAUCACGACACAAUUAUACGGUUCGACGCGGCUUUACGCAAUGGCUCGUGCGGAAUCUCGCAAAGCCAAGUGCAAGUCAGAAAGUCAAGAGGAUCUGCCAAUUUGA